AUGAUCGUUUACAAGUCGCCGGAGGAAGUCGAGAAGAUGCGCGCGGCCAACGCGCUCGUCGCCGGCGUGCUCAGCGAGUUGCAGGCGACGGUCAAGCCGGGGGUGACGGCGCAGGAACUGGAUACGGUUGCGGAGACGCGGGUACGCGCAGCGGGUGCCGUCCCGGCCUUCAAGGGGUAUCAUGGGUACCCCGCCACGUUGUGCGUCUCGAUCAACGAUGCCGUGGUGCACGGCAUUCCGUCCCCGCGCGAGCUGGUGGAGGGCGACAUCGUGUCGCUCGACAUGGGCGUAGUCCUCGACGGGUACUACGGCGACGCCGCCCUGACGGUGGGCGUCGGCGCGAUCUCGGACGAGGCGGCCGAGUUGCUGGCGGUCACGCGCGCCGCCCUGAAUCUGGCGAUCGACUGCGCGCGCGUCGGGGGGCGCGUUUCGGAUCUCGGCCAUGCCGUCCAGAAUCAUGUCGAGUCUUGCGGAUUCUCGGUGGUCCGGGAGUUCGUCGGGCACGGCAUCGGGACCCGGCUGCACGAAGAGCCGCAGAUUCCGAACUACGGCAAGCCGGGCCGCGGUCCGUUUCUCAAGGAAGGCAUGGUGCUGGCCAUCGAGCCGAUGGUAAACGCCGGCCGGCCGGCGGUGCGGGUGCUGGAUGACGGUUGGACGGCGGUGACCGUGGAUGGCAGCCUUUCCGCGCAUUUCGAGCACUCGGUCGCGGUGUCGAAGGACGGCCCGGUCAUUUUGAGCCGGCUCGAUUGA